AUGUCCUCAGGGACAGCCAUGUCCCCAGGGAGAGCAGUGUCCCCGGGGAGAGCAGUGUCCCCAGGGAGAGCAGUGUCCCCAGGGAGAGCAGUGUCCCUAGGGAGAGCAGUGUCCCCAGGGAGAGCAGUGGCCCUAGGGAGAGCAGUGCCCCAGGGCCACUUUUCCAAAAAGGACCGCAGCGCAGGCGGGUUGGGCCAUGCAAAACCAUCGCGGGCAUCUCUACAGAAGGGAAGAGUGGGUGGCUCCGCCUGUGCAUCGUGUGUUCCAGUUGAUGCACCUGGAAAUGCCUGCCCAGGUCGACCCGGGAUGCGCAUCACUCAAAACAACCCCGAGGCUUCUCCGCGUGGCGGAUGUGCAGCGGCACGGAGGACAUCAUCCCACACCUUUGGGGAAAACCUCAUCGAGAUUAUUGUUCCCGUGCUCAGUGUCGCGGGUGCUUGCCGGGGAGAGGGGGGGAGGGAGCGCCGAUGGAGCCUUUGGUCUCCUUCCCCGGCGCUGUUCUCCCAUGGACAGGGAGGUGAAUCAGAUGAUCAGUAUUCUGGUCUACAGCCAACCCCCUGCUGCUGCCACAGGAUGCAUGGUCUAGUGAUUGAGAGGCGGCUGUGCUUUCACUACGGGUAUAAAUACGCGUGGUUUCCCCCCUCAGCUCUCUCCAUUCCCCUUCUUUCUUAUUAUCUCGCUCGCACUUGCUCCUUGCCUACUUGUCCUGACAGGAUGACUAGAACCCGCAGACAAGCCAUGGCCGCUGAAAAGGCCAAUGCUCUUAACCUGCGUUCCAGAAGAGUCAACCGCGCACACGCAUCCCAUCGUUCCCCUAUAGCUCGUUCUCGCCGCCAUCAUCUUACGCCCACAAGGCCACAAACUCACGGGGAGGGUGACAGCCGUAGCUCACCCAAUCUGGUGGAGGAUCGGGAUCAACCUUCUCCUGAUGACAUGAUGGAAUCAGACAUGCAUCAACGUGUUAAUGAUAAGUAUGAGGCAGAUCCCGUGUGCAGUUCAGCCCAGGGACAAAGUUUGAGCACCCACGAUGUGGCUCCCUGCUCUGAUGGCAAUGCGGAAGUUACUCUUGCCGACAGUGUAGCUUUGGCGAUGGAAAACACAUACGACGACAAAUGGAACUACCACGGCCCCGUUGACCGUCGAUACUGCGACAUCCAUGAUGAAAAUGAGUAUCUAUGUUGCUUCGACCCUACUUGGGUAUCACCGUGGAACUUCGAUGAUCCAGAAGUGGCGAGAUCAAAACUGGAGGAGCUGUACAACAUCAAUCAGCAGAACCCGCAGGAAUCAUGGUCCUCAAGAGUUGGGUGCGAUGUUCCUGAACUGCUGGACCAUAUUUUCUGUGUGACAGCGAGGGGAACAAGAGGUAUGAGUGUUUACUUUGCACACUGGAAAGACCAAUGGUUCCGGGAGAAGAAUGUUGGAAAAGGAGAGUAUGGAUCAUGGGAGCGAAGCUACAAUAUUAGUGGUGGUGAUAUGGUGAUAUAUAUGAGAUGA